AUGAUCGGAUGUGCUCGGCGACAACAGCGAGUACGAUCGACGCGGGCUGAUGUGCUCGGCGACAACAGCGAGUACGAUCGACGCGGGCUCCCGCAGCGACUGGCAAUCGCGGCCUGGUACCGGUUCACUGUCGAUCGACACAAGAACACACCCUUGGCGGCGGCGGUGGCGGCGGGACGACUCAACGUGCCUCCCCGGAUCGGCACCAGCGCACCGCUCGAGGCGAUCAUCCCCAAGCCCGUGGCCCGCUUCGCAAUGGAGCAGCGCCUUCCGGACCCGGUGCUUCCACAACAGGCGAGCCAGUAUACGCUGCUGAACAUGGCUCGACCGUACACCAUCCGUCGCAUCCGCCGGGUCCUGAACGCGAAGGCUUUCACCAACACGCUCGGGCUCAAGGGACCACCGCAGCCAGACGAUCUCAGGAGCUUCUGGAAGGCGGUCAACUCGAAGGCACUGACAGCGAGGGAGAGGGAAGUUUGGUUCAAGCUGAUUCUCCGCUUCACCCCGACGCGCAAGCUCCAGCACGAGCAAAAGCAUGUCACUUCUCCCGCGUGCCUCGUGUGCGAAGCGCCGGUGGACGACACCGAUCACUACUUCUUCGGCUGCGUCGACUCGCGGAACGUCUGGACCGCGGCAAGGGGCGUGCUCUGCGACGCGCUCGGAUGCGACACGAUCGAGGACGCCGAGUACACGACACUACAACGACUCUUUGGCCUCCCCAAGCUCAAGGCCAAGCUCAGCGAACAGGAAGGCGCAGGCAGGACGAUCGAGAUCUUCACGGGGAUGGUCUUGGAGAUGAUCAGCAGUGGGAGAUGGAGGAUGCAGAAGCACGGGACGAGGAUGGAAAGCCUGGAGCGGAGGAGGGUGGUACUGGAGGAGAGGAUGAAGUUGAGGGCGGGAGGAGCAAGAGGCAGGCGAGGGCAGUAG